AUGGGCCUCCUCGACAAAAUCCAAGCCAAACUCGAACUCUACCGCCUCGAACAGCGCUACACGCGCCGGUCGAAGCGCACGACCUUCGUCAGCGACGCCCAAUACGUCGACGGCGAGUACGUCUACCAGAGCCAGUCCUCCUCCUCGGCCGCCACGUCGCCUACGUCUACGGGAUCGAGCGGGAGCCAGAGGUGGGCGCGGAGCAAGGCGUCGAACGUUAAUGUCAGGGAGGUGUUUAAUCGGCAUGGGGGGCAAGGCAUGGGCCAGGGCGAGAGGGUGUAA